UCCAAGCCAGUUAAAAUGAAAAGCUUUCACAGUUCGCUUAUAUUUUUUUUACUUUUUUGGAGACAAAUUACUGCCCACACUACCAAAAAUAUUAUUAACGAUGACAGCAGCCAUUUAUAUAACUCUUCAGUCACGGGACUUUUGAAACUAUUGGAAAUGGAGCAGAACUUUAUAGAGACUAUGAAGGCAUACACUAAUAAAAUGGCCGAGAAAGUUAAAAACCUGCAAGCAUUUAUCGACUCGACUGAUUAUAGAGUCAAGGAAAGUUUAGAAGAUCGUGAGAAAUAUGUCGCUAAUCCAUUAAAUGCUUUUAGUCUUAUGAGACGGACACAUCAAGAUUUACCGAAAUGGCACAACUACUCACAGCAGUAUGUGGGAAUGGAGGAACUGUAUGCCUUAGAAGAAAUCUUAGCGAAGGCGCCGGAUGAAAAGGACAUGGAGUACUUCUUGCGAGAAAUGCAUCGGCUAGAGAAGAUUUACGAUUUGGAGGCCACGGACUUAGCAAGAGGUCGUCUGCAGAAUAAACAAUACGACAUUAAGCUAACCCUAAGGGACUGUGUCGUUUUGGGUGAGCACAAGUUGCAAGAGGGAGACUACAAACGAGCUUCUAUGUGGUUUCGAAUGGCCAUAAAGCACGAACCCGAGGAGAAUGCCGAGAUAGUUAAUAAUAUUCUAGGAGAUCCAAGGGACAGAUUGAAUAAGCAGUACGCUGGCUCAAUGAUCAUAUAUGGCAUUAUUAAGUCAAAUCCUUCGCUGACUUUCCAAGAGGCUAAAGAAAUAUCCCACGAAGCACUGAACACAUCUAGCCUAGAAGAUAUGAAGUAUCUUAUAAACGAGUUGCUGAACCAAACUGAUAACGAAAUUAUUCGGGAAAUGAACGUAAAUAGGACAGCUCCAACAGACUAUGAAUUGGGAUGCCGUGACCGGUACUCCAAGCGGAGUAAUCUAGUUUGCAGUUACAAUUUUAACCAAACUGAAUUUCUACGUAUAGCACCUUUGAAGCAGGAGGUGAUAAAUGUAGAUCCACACAUUAAAAUUUACCACAAAGUUCUUAGUGAUGACGAGAUCGCAAAGCUCAAGCAGGACUCGGAAAUCAAUCCCAUUAAGAAAAGCAUCCUUCAACGGGUAACAGAUAUGACAGGAAACAUGUUUCCACUAACAGAUGACCUAAAAGUAUCCGAUCAUGUCCCAAGUUCUUAUGAUAAGCCCCUUCAUAAAUUCGUAGAAGCUAACCAAACGGGAACAUUAAUAUUUUUUCUUGAUAAUGUGGAACAAGGUGGUGCGACGGUGUUUCCAAAACUAAAAGUAUCCAUCUUUCCCCAGAAGGGAAGCUGUUUGUUUUGGUAUAGUGAAAGCCCAGAUCCUCGCAUUGAAGCUUUGGAAUGUCCAGUCCUUCAAGGAAAUAAAUGGGUUAUUACAAAGCAGAUGCAUACCAAAAUAAAGGAUUUUGGACUUAAACAAUAGAUAAACUAUAAACAAAGUUUUUUCAACGAUCUAAUAAGUAUAUA